CACACGGUGGCUGCUCCGGGUGGCAGCCAUGGCUCCCAGACACUGCUUCUCCUCCUGGGUGCUGGUCUGCUGGUUGCUGGCGGCUGUGGCAGAAGGACAAGAGGCAUUCACCCCUCCUGGAGGCUCACAGAAUAACGCAGACCAUACGGACUGCCAGAUCUUCACACUCACCCCUCCUCCGCCCACCACGAGGAGCCCAAUAACAAGGGUCCAGCCCAUCACAAGGACACCCAAGUGUCCCUUCCAUGUUUUGCCACCGAGAAGACCCAGAAUCUACUUUAGGUUUCCAAUCAGACCUUUCUUUCCUCCAAGGUGCAACCACCGUUUUCACUUCCAGCCAUUUUACUGGCCACACGGUCGCCUUCCUCCUUACAGAUACUUCCCCAGAGGGACACUCCGAAGAGGAAGCUCAUCUGAGGAAAGCUGAAGAGAAGACAAACCCACACCUACUGAAGCAAAAGAAGCCAAUCCCUCAGAGAAGGCAAGAAAAAGAUUGAUUUUCUCUUUCCAAGCUAAAACUACUUGAAAAAUUUGAAGAUUAAGUAUCCUAAACACCAUCAGCUAGAGAUAUUCUCGUCAGCAGCGAAGAUGCUGGAUUAUAGGCUAUUUACAAGGACAAAAGAGGGUGGUAAGCAUGUUAUUCUUAUCCUCAAAUUUUUAUGGUCAUUAUUUACG